GUAGCGGCACCGCCGCCACACGGGGCCCCCCAUGGCCCCCAGCGCGCCGCCGCCCUGCCGCGCCGCGGAGCGCGCCGCCCGCUGCCGGCGGCCCUGGAGGCUCCUGGCCCUCGGCCUGCUCUCCGCCUCCUCCGUGCUGGCGGCCGCCCCGGGCGCCGGGGCCAUGAGCAGGGAGGAGAAGCGCCGGCUGGGGAAUCAAGUGCUUGAAAUGUUUGAUCAUGCAUAUAGCAAUUAUAUGGAACACGCGUAUCCCGCUGAUGAACUCAUGCCUUUAACGUGUCGUGGUCGAGUCCGGGGUCAGGAGCCGAGUCGAGGGGACGUGGAUGAUGCCUUGGGAAAGUUUUCGCUGACCUUGAUUGACACCUUGGACACUCUUGUGGUGUUAAAUAAAACCAAAGAGUUUGAAGAGGCUGUAAAAAAAGUCAUAAAGGACGUUAACUUAGAUAACGACAUAGUUGUGUCUGUCUUUGAAACCAACAUCAGAGUCCUUGGAGGUCUCCUAGGUGGGCAUUCAGUGGCAAUUAUGCUGAAAGAGAAAGGUGAAUACAUGCAGUGGUACAACGGUGAACUCCUGCACAUGGCAAAGGAGCUGGGCUACAAGCUUUUACCUGCCUUCAACACCACUAGUGGUCUCCCUUACCCAAGGGUUAACUUAAAAUUUGGUGUAAGACAUCCAGAAGCACGGACAGGAACAGAAACUGAUACCUGUACAGCUUGUGCUGGUACCUUGAUCCUCGAGUUUGCAGCUUUAAGCAGAUUCACAGGAACAUCUAUAUUUGAGGAAUAUGCCAGGAAAGCUCUGGAUUUUAUCUGGGAGAAGAGGCAGCGCAGCAGCAACUUAGUGGGGGUCACUAUCAACAUCCACACUGGGGACUGGGUCCGAAAAGAUAGUGGUGUUGGAGCAGGAAUAGAUUCCUAUUAUGAAUAUUUAUUAAAAGCCUAUGUCUUGCUGGGAGAUGACAGUUUCCUGGAGAGGUUUAACACGCACUACGAUGCCAUAAUGAGAUACAUCAGCCAACCACCUCUCCUUCUUGAUGUUCAUAUUCAUAAACCAAUGCUAAAUGCUCGGACCUGGAUGGAUUCUUUGCUGGCUUUCUUCCCUGGGUUGCAGGUGUUGAAGGGCGACAUUAGACCUGCAAUUGAAACUCAUGAGAUGCUGUAUCAGGUUAUAAAAAAGCAUAACUUCCUUCCAGAGGCAUUCACAACAGACUUCAGAGUUCACUGGGCUCAGCACCCUCUAAGGCCUGAAUUUGCUGAAAGCACUUACUUCUUGUAUAAGGCCACUGGAGACCCUUACUAUUUAGAAGUAGGAAAAACCCUCAUUGAAAACUUGAACAAGUAUGCAAGAGUUCCUUGUGGGUUUGCUGCAAUGAAGGAUGUCCGAACGGGAAGUCAUGAAGACAGAAUGGACUCGUUCUUUCUGGCUGAGAUGUUUAAAUACCUGUACCUGCUGUUUGCUGAUAAGGAGGACAUGAUUUUCGACAUUGAAGAUUACAUCUUCACUACAGAAGCUCAUCUAUUGCCACUUUGGCUCUCCACUACAAACCAAACCAUCUCCAAAAAAAACACAACCACAGAGUACACGGAGCUGGACGACAGCAACUUCGACUGGACCUGUCCCAACACCCAGAUCCUUUUCCCCAAUGACCCCAUGUUUGCCCAGAGCAUCCGGGAACCUCUGAAAAAUGUGGUGGAUAAGAGCUGUCCCAGGGGCAUUUCCAGAGCAGAAGAGAGUUUGGGAAGUGGACCAAAACCACCGUUGAGAGCCAGAGAUUUCAUGGCCAGUAAUCCUGAGCACUUGGAAAUACUGAAGAAGAUGGGAGUCAGUUUGAUCCAUCUGAAGGAUGGACGAGUGCAAUUAGUGCAGCAUGCAGUGCAAGCAGCGAGUUCCCUGGAUGCCGAGGACGGCUUACGGUUCAUGCAGGAGAUGAUUGAACUCUCCAGUCAGCAGCAGAAGGAGCAGCAGCUCCCUCCUCGUGCCGUGCAGAUCGUUUCCCAUCCCUUCUUUGGCAGGGUGGUCUUGACUGCUGGCCCAGCACAGUUUGGGAUGGACUUAUCCAAGCACAAAGCCGGGACAAGAGGAUUUGUUGCAACCAUUAAGCCAUAUAAUGGAUGCUCAGAGAUCACUAAUCCUGAGGCAGUGAAAGACAAAAUUGCUCUGAUGCAGAGAGGCCAAUGUAUGUUUGCUGAAAAAGCACGAAACAUUCAGAAAGCUGGAGCCAUAGGAGGCAUUGUUAUUGAUGACAAUGAGGGCAGCAGCAGCGACACAGCUCCUCUUUUCCAAAUGGCCGGGGAUGGAAAGAACACAGAUGAUAUCACAAUUCCCAUGCUCUUCCUCUUCAACAAGGAAGGAAACAUUAUCCUGGACGCAAUCCGGGAGUAUGAGGCUGUGGAGGUGCUCCUGUCUGAUAAAGCAAAAGACAGAGCAACAAUCUUUAAAGGUAAAAUGAUUCCAAACUACAUUAUUGAUAGCAACUUGGAAAUGGAGAAUAUGGACCAGAAAUUAACUGAAAACGAUUCACAUAAACAGAACUCAGAGGAAGCUGCUUCAGGAUCUCAGGAUGUCGGUGCAGCCAGCGAGGAGCCCGAGGAAGGAGGAGAGAGCUCAGAUGUUGCUGAGCCUGGUUCUUUAUCUCCUGCUAACGCAGACAGUGCCAGUGUUCCCACUUCCCAUCAGGAUUCCUACGUCCCUGGAACCGAGGAGGCCGGUGCUCCAGAGCCAGCAUGUACAUCAGGGGAUAACCAGCCUCAGGAACAAAAGACUGAGACAGAGUCAGAUUCCAAAGUUAACUGGGAUAAUAAAGUCACACCUAUGGAAUCCAUAUUAGCAGACUGGAACGAAGAUAUAGAAGCAUUUGAAAUGAUGGAAAAGGAUGAGCUAUGACUUGUAAUAGAGUAACUUAUUUGUUAAUAAACAAAUGGAGACCUCUUUGGGUAGGA